GGCUUGGAGGCCCGGCUUUCCCGGAGGGCCAGGGUUGUGAGACUUCUCCCUCGCUUGGAGAGCCGGGUCCAAUGGCGUUGCAGGGCGUCCGGGUGUUGGAGCUGGCCGGCCUGGCGCCAGGCCCCUUCUGCGGUAUGGUCCUGGCGGACUUCGGGGCCCAGGUGGUGCGAGUGGACCGACCCGGCGCCAGAGGGGACUUGGGCUUACUGGCCCGCGGCAAGCGCUCUCUGGCGGUGGACCUGAAGCGGCCGGAGGGGGCAUCCUUGCUGCGGCGCCUCUGCUCCCAGGUCGACGUGGUGCUGGAGCCCUUCCGCCACGGUGUCAUGGAAAAACUCCAGCUCGGCCCGGAGAUUCUGCAGAGGGAGAAUCCAAAGCUCAUCUAUGCCAGGUUGAGUGGAUUUGGCCAGUCAGGAAGAUUCUCCAGGGUGGCAGGCCAUGACAUCAACUAUUUGGCUUUGUCAGGUGUUCUGUCAAAGAUCGGCAGAAGUGGUGAGAAUCCGUAUGCACCGCUGAACCUCCUGGGUGACUUUGGUGGUGGUAGCCUCAUAUGCACACUGGGCAUCUUGAUGGCUCUGUAUCAACGCACACGCUCUGGCAAAGGUCAGGUCAUUGAUGCCAGCAUGGUGGAAGGAACAGCAUACCUCAGUUCUUUUCUGUGGAAAUCUCUACAAAUAGGACUGUGGGAACAGCCUCGAGGACAGAACAUGCUAGAUGGUGGAGCACCUUUCUACACAACUUACAGGACGGCGGAUGGGGGUUUCAUGGCUGUUGGUGCAAUAGAACCCAAGUUCUACAAGCUGCUGAUCAAAGGACUUGGGCUAAAGUCUGAUGAGCUUCCUAAUCAGAUGAGCAUGAGUGAUUGGCCAGAAAUGAAGAAGAGAUUUGCAGAUGUAUUUGCAAAGAAGACCAAAGAAGAGUGGUGUCGGAUCUUCGAUGGCACAGAUGCGUGUGUGACUCCAGUUCUGACCUUUGAAGAGGUUACCCAGCAUGAUCAUAACAAAGAACGGGGCUCAUUUAUCCGUGACAAGGACCAGGGUGUGAGUCCCCGCCCUGCGCCUCUGCUGUCAGACACCCCGGCUCUCCCUUCUUCCCAAAGGGAUCCUUUCGUAGGAGAACAUACUGAAGAGGUACUUCAAGAGUUUGGGUUCAGUCAGGUAGAGAUCAAUCAGCUUACCUCAGAUAAAAUUAUUGAAAUUAAUAAGGUAAGAGCUAAUCUCUAAAUUCCAGGCCUCACAGCUCAAGUGAGUUGAAUACUGCAUGUUCAGUAUAGAAUAAUACAUAAAAUUGUAUGUAUGGAAACAUGAAGAAACGGUAUCAGAGUAGAUCAGCUAUUCUAAUCAAGAAACAGGACUUGGUACACAGUAAUGAUUGAAUUCCGAAAAUGGUUAACAUCACGACUCAUGAUUUAGGAAUGUUUUUAGUUUACUGCCUAAAUUGUGGCAGUUUUUCUGCUUCUCAAUCCACUUGAUAGAUUAUAUUUUUAAUAUUAAAAGUUUAAUAAUGUAUUUUAAAUGAAUGAAUAUAAUGCUUUGUAUUAAAUAAAGCCUUUCCCCCUCCCCUAAAGUUUACUUCUGCUUUUAAGUUUCUGAAAAGCUUUUAAGAAAAGUCCUUCAGAUAGCACUUAAUAAGCAAUUUGUGACUCAUUGAAAUAGCUUUGGCUCUGUUUACCAAAAUGAACUCCUUGGAUAGAAAAGUCUGAUCCUUUUAAUGUGGUAAGAAAAUCUUUCAGCCAGUGUCUUGGAAUUAGAAUUUUAGAAAAGGCUCUUGAUGUUUCCUUCAGAGAACCCCCACUGUGCAUCUAGACUACAUCCUAGAGCCUGGCUCUGUGUGGCUGCCUCUUAGCAUCACCCGCCAUGUCUCUUAGGAAAUGGCCAUCUGUUAGAAAGUCCUGCUAGACUCUUCCUCUUCUUACAGGUCUCUGGCCUCCAUUCCCAUCACAUCUGCCUCUGUCCCCAGUAGGCCCAUGGCUUACCCCUCACUUCAUUCAGAGCACUGCCCAAAUGUCACCUUAGGGAGUACCCUUUCCUGACCCCGCCCUAAAGUGGCAGCCACUUUAUCACUUGCUUUCCCCUCUCCCCUUUCAUUUUUAUUCACGUGUUAUGACUGACAUAUUGAUUAACCCCAGCCCUCUUAACCAACUCUUUCGUAACCAGUGCACACUAGAAUGGAAGCUUUAGGAAGGGCUUUGUAGGUUUUAUUCACUGUGAAAUCCUCAGUUCCUGGAUCAGUGCGUGGCCCACAGUGGAAACUUUGUAAAUAUUUAUUAAAGAAGUGAAUCUCAAUAGUGAAGUGCUGUCAGUGUCCACCUUCAUAGCUCCAUACCCAUCCCGUUCCCAACGUCCAUUGCUGCCUUUAUUCAGACCCCUAUUACCUCUUUCCUGGACCACUGCUCAACUUGUCUACCUGACUUUCACCUCCAGUACCACUGCCUUUUUUUUUUUUCCUUAAACCUGUUACUCUAUGAGUAAUCUUUACCACAUCAAACUGGUCUUUUCUUCAUGUAAAAUUCAAUGGUCUCCCUUUUUUUUUUUCCUAUGUAACAAAUAUAAACCCAUUUAUGUAGCAUAUUAACCCUUUUUUAUAAUAAGACAUCUACCUACCUGUCCAGUACCACCUUUAUUCCCCAGCACUUUCUAUUGGAGUGCCUUAAGUUUCUAAUUGUGUGAUGGUCUCUCUUGCUUCCAUUCCUUUCCAUAUUCUGUAGCAUUUUCCGGGACUAACAGUACUCUCAGCCUCUUUUGCUCCAGCUUGUUGAUUUAGCAAAUUUCGACUUGGCUCAAACAGCCUUCUUUGUGAUACUUCUGGUGUUUCUCAGCCCUAUGGCAAUUUUAUACAAUGAUUAUGGAAUUUGAGUCAGAUAUCAAUUGGGUUCAAAUACCACUCACUCACUGUGGUGUCCAAGACAAUGCCUGUGACUAGGUGCUCAGUAAUUGUUUGUUCUAAGGGGUCCUUCCUCUGUUUCCAUUGCACUUUGUACAUAUCUCCAAGGAUAGUUAUUGCUUUUAGUGUAGUUUACAUAACUCUUCACUAGGUCAUAAGCUCGUAGAGUAGUUGCUCUAGCACACAAGAGAACCGUCUGGAGACACUGUUAAAAUACAGAUUCCUAGGCCCGACCCUAGAGAUUCUAAUGCAGUGUGUCAAGGGCAAGACCCAUGAAUUUACAUUUUUGCCAAGUUUCCAAGUGAUCUUAAUGCUUCUGGUUCAAAGACCACACCUUGAGUGGCACAGUCCUAAUAGAUAAGAACAGAGUCUUUUUCCUUUUGCUACUCUCAUAAUAGGUGUUCAAAAAAUAUCUAUUGAAGGGUUGAUGAGGGAAAGAACAAAAGUCAGUUGGGAAAAAUCUGUAAAUAAGCAGAUGGGCUAGCUCAAAAUAUUGAUUUCUGUGAUUGAUUGACUUUAUACCAAAUGCUUGAAUGAAAAAUUCGUUUUUGUAGUGUAUAGUUUUUAAAGAAUACAUGUAUGUAAAUAAGGCUAAUAGAUUUUGUUAAUGACCCAUACUUUUCUUCUGAAGAAUCUAAGACCCUGU